AUGCCUCGAAUGUCUCAUUUCCUUAUCGAUGAUCGCAAUCUCUUGAGCUUCUCUGGCCCGGAAGCACCUCCUUCUAAAUCCCAUCAUCAUUUUCAAUUUCAUCUCCUCCCUCGUCUCCUCCCCAUCAAUCUCUCUCCAGAAUGUCACACUAUUUCUCUCGCCAGCUCUCUUAUUGACAAACACUAUCUAGCAUUGGCACGGUGCCAACGAAUUCUUUAG